GUGUCACAAUGCAGAAUCCCUUCUCAUAACCCUGUGGGGGGACCAUAUAGAGGAGUUCAGGGGCUGCAAAAGAAACAGCCAUAUUUUCGAAACCAUGAAAUCUGAAAUGGAUGCUAAUGGUUUCCAAUUUAACAAUGAUGCGCUUAAAUUCAAGCUUCAUAAUUUAACUACUAAGUAUAGAUUUGAAAAGAAACAAAUUGGUCCAUCCGGAGGGUCUCCGUCAACGUGGGAGUUUUAUGAUAGAGUACAUGCAAUAUUGGGUCCAUUCAAGUCAUAUUCAAUAGAGGCACUAAUGGAUGAAAGUUUGGAUGAUUCUCCCUCAACAAGUUCGAAUUCAGUUGUAAAUAUUCCUGAAGUAAUUAUUGAAUAUGAUGAAUUCGAAUCAACAUUGGAGUCAUCAUCUCAGAGUGCUUCCCACAUCGAUGAAACAACACCAAACAAAAGAAAGAGAAUUAGCAAUCAAGAGGAAAUAUUAAAAAUAUUAAAGCAGUCAAAUGAGAUCAUAAAAUCCGAAACUCAAAAGCAUUCCGAGUCUGACGAAAAAAUGCUUAAGCUACAAGAGGAAAUGGUUGCCAUAGAGAAGGAAAGGAAUGAAAUUCUUAAAAGUUUUAUAAAUAGUAAAUAG